AUUAAGAAUCAGGCAUUACGUUGUCAACGAUACGAAACACGGCGAUGAAGGAAAAUGGACCUUGAUUAAUUCGCUGGUAUGCUCCAUCAUUCUUCAUGCUCCGGCUCUGCUUCUGCACGUACAGAUGCAAUGGUACUGCGAGCCGUGAUGUGUGUCUCCUCGGUAUCUGUCUAUGGUGCAAAUGGUCAUUUUCAUCCACUUCGAGGCUCGUGUAACGUCUUGUUUGGUCUUAAGGACGUUUCGCCCUGUUGUAAACGGCCGGCACGGAUGGCUGGUAUGACUUUAUCUCCUACCGCUACUCUUCUUAUUCAUUGGGAGAUCAUCCCACCUUUCAUAGAAAUCUCUGUCGUCUUGUCAUGCGUCAUCAGUCUUUCGAGGUAUUCUCCAAGGGGUCUAUCCUGCUUGCUGCCUUUGCAGCAUUUGCGCCCUUGUGCGGAAGUUUCAGCGUCACCACCACCAGCGACGCUAAUGUCCUUGCCAAUGCCAUCUUCAAUGGUCCCGGGAUAACAGUUCUACAAGCGACCUUUUCGGGAGCGGCCGUCAGCUCUGGGACAUUCACUGACGGCCUUGGUGGCAUUGGAAACGGCGCCAUCUUGACGUCUGGGACCGCCGGUGGGGCUCUUCCAGGUGGCAAUCAAUACAGUGACAACGGCGCGGCCGGUUCUGACACAUACUGCGGUGCGAAUACAUUCAAUGCUGCAAUCCUGACUGUGGGUAUCGCCAUCGACCCCGGAUAUAAUGGCGUCCAAGUCGAGUUCAUCCUCGCAUCGGUAGAGGAGGGGUAUGUGAACUUACAAGUCAGUAUGGACUGGUGUAAUUACAGGCUUACUGACACUUUGCAGUGAAUCUCCUGAUCCUAUCGGCAUCUUUCUAGUCAGCCAACAGUAUGCCACCUAUGGCGGCAACAGAAUUACGGCCGUAUCUGAACUCCUUCAGGACCCGAUCGGAAUCACGCCGCCAAACAGCGUCACGUCCUACCCGGGGUCAUCCCCUCCUCUCCUCGUGGGGAUCACUGCGUCUGGAGCCCAGACCAUGGUAUUUGCCAUUUGCGACUCUGGCGAUAAUAAUUAUGAUUCCGCCCUGAUGCUCAAUGCUGCUGGCUGUGUCAACUGUGACUCUGUGGCCAAGAUUGACUAUGUCACCAUAACCUCAAUUGUUGCCGCAGGACAGGAGUACACAUCGACGGUCAAGGCUUCAGGGACUGUCUCGGGUACUGUUACUAUUGGAGCGACAGCUACGACAACAUCGACUACCAGCUCUUCAUCUAGUCCUUCUUCCAGCUCUUCUUCCAGCUCUUCUUCCAGCUCUUCUUCUAG